AUCAAAUUUUGACAUUCACAUGUAAAUGCCAAACACAUUUCAGGCAUUCUAGCGAGUAUGUUAUAAUGUAUAUAACCGCAAUGUCAUUCGUGUUGAAGCUCCGUAAGGUAUUUCCGUAUCACUUGCAAUUCUCGCAAAUACGUUUUAUGCACGUAUUGCCGGUAAGGCAUGCAAGUGACUGCAAGACUAACCUCAAGGAGGUUUUGAGGUCCAAGAUUGGCGCUGAGCAGGAACGCAUUAAAAAAUUCCGGAAAGAGUAUGGGAACACAAAGGUUGGUGAGGUCACUAUCGAUAUGAUGUAUGGUGGUAUGAGAGGUAUCAAGGGCCUUGUGUAUGAGACCUCACUCCUCGAUGCAUCAGAAGGAAUACGGUUCAGGGGACUUUCUAUACCAGAAUGCAAGGAACUAUUACCCAGAGCACCCGAAGGAUGCGAACCCCUUCCAGAAGGCAUAUUUUGGCUCCUCCUGACAGGGGAUGUCCCGAGUGACGACCAGGUGAAGACCGUGUCCAACGAAUGGACCAAACGUGCUGGACUGCCCCGCCACGUGACCCAGCUGCUGGCCAACAUCCCACGCGACCUCCAUCCUAUGUCCCAGUUUGUCACAGCGAUUGCUGCAUGUAAUAACCAAAGCUGUUUCUCCAAAGCGUACGCCGAAGGAGUCCCCAAGUCCGAGUACUGGGAACACGCGUACGAAGAUGUUAUGAACUUGUUAGCAAAUCUGCCACUGAUCGCUGCGGCUAUUUAUAAUAAUGCUUAUAAAGGCGGAGAGGCCUGCUUGGAGAUUGACAUAGACCAGGACUGGAGUUACAACUUCGCCAAGCUCUUAGGCUUCGACGACCCUGGUUUCACGGAGAUGUUACGCUUAUACUUAACCCUUCACAGUGACCAUGAGGGUGGGAAUGUGUCAGCGCAUACGACACAUUUGGUGGGAUCCGCUCUGAGUGACCCCUAUCUGUCAUUUGCUGCUGGGAUGUGUGGAUUGGCCGGGCCGCUACAUGGAUUGGCCAAUCAGGAAGUGCUUGUUUGGCUGAAUAAGUUGAGAGCGAAGCUAGGAGAUACGCCAACGGAGGAGCAGGUCAAGACUUUUGUGGAACAGACGUUGAAGAGUGGACAAGUAGUUCCAGGUUUCGGCCACGCUGUCCUGAGAAAAACCGAUCCAAGGUAUAUAAGCCAGAGAGAAUUUGCUGAAAGGCACUUCCCGGAUGACCCUCUGUUCAAAAUAGUGUCAACCUUAUUCCGUGUAGUCCCUCCGGUAUUACAAGCUACAGGAAAGGUAAAAAACCCUUGGCCCAACGUGGAUGCCCAUUCGGGAGUGCUUAUGCAGUACUAUGGACUGACUGAGAUGAACUUUUACACGGUGUUCUUCGGAGUGUCAAGGGCAUUAGGGGUGCUUUCUGCCCUAAUAUGGUCCAGAGCGCUUGGUUUACCGCUUGAGAGGCCCAAGUCUAUGACUACAGAUUCUUUAAUGCAGUUGGUUAAGAAAGACAAAGAGCAGCAGAAGCCCAAAUAGUGAUAUGCUUUACUUUUUUGAUUAGAAUCAUGUAUUUGUAGGUAAUGUGAAUUAAACGUUCUGCUGCUAAUAAAAAUAUUGUUCCA